CCUUCGGUUGUUUGCAGGCUGCUAAUUUAUCACCCAUUCCUAGAAAAACACAAAAUUUAAUAACAGUGCUAGUAAAUUCCAGAGAUAGGUAGGCUUAAAUUAAUCACUCCAACAAAAUUUUCACUCAGUCAAUUGAAUUUUUUAAUCAACAACUUGCAAAAACUAAUGACCAAUAAAAUUUCACUCACAUUUUUGACAAAUCACUUCUUUAUUCACUUAUAUAUUCUAGAGAGAGAAGCAAAGUGUUAGUUAGAGAGAGAGAGGCGUUUCUUUUGAUGCUGUGGUGAGUGAAAAUGGAGAGGAGGAGUAGCAUUAACAGCGAUACGACGUCGUAUUUGCAGGAUGACGACGACGAUGAUCAGAUCGAUUGUUGUACAUUUGAUGAAGAAGAAAUGAGUAACAGUAUGGAUUUUAAAAUUAGUAGUAAUGAAAUUUAUAGUAAUGAUGGUGACAGUUAUAAUAAUAAUAAUAAUAAUAGUAAUAGUAGAAGAAGUGAGCUUACUGUUGCUUUUGAAGGAGAGGUUUAUGUUUUUCCUGCUGUUACUCCUCAUCAGGUGCAAGCUGUGUUGUUGUUACUAGGAAAGGCUGAUACUCCUGCUUGUAUCAGUGUGCCGAAUUCCGAACUUUUGCUUCAAAAGAAUGCUGGAUUUUAUCAUAAUGUAGGCUGUAGUGAUACUUCCCGAGGAUCAAAACAUUCAAGACGAAUUGCCUCCCUGGUAAGGUUCCGUGAAAAGCGGAAAGAGAGAUGUUUUGAAAAGAAAAUUCUCUAUACUUGCCGGAAAGAAGUUGCCAAUAGAAUGCACCGUAAGAAUGGACAAUUUGCAUCAUCGAAGGAUUGUUACAACACAGAUACUGGCAGCAACUGGGAACCAAGCAGUACAACUCCUCAAGCUGAGUCAGUUUUACGUCGAUGUCAACACUGUGGGAUCAGUGAGAAUGCCACUCCGGCAAUGCGUCGUGGACCAGCUGGUUCAAGAACUCUCUGUAAUGCUUGCGGUCUUAUGUGGGCAAACAAGGGCACUCUAAGGGAUCUUACCAAAGGAGGGAGGCAUAUUUCUUUAGAUCAAAAUGAACUGAGGACUCUCGAUGUUAAGCCUUCAACCAUGAAACAAGAGAACACUUAUGUUAACCGCAAUGAAGAGGGAAGCCCAGAAGAUAGCAAGCCAGUUCCAUUAGGUUCUGAGAAUUCUGUGAUGCCAAAUGAUCAGGAUUUGCUGGAAACUGAUGAAACUGUUACCGAUCCAUUGGCUAUGCAUGUGGAGAAUUCAUCAGUCAACCUAGAUGAUGAGGUCUUCCAAGACACGUUGAAUGGGCUCGGAAAUGUUACGGGUUCGGAAUUUGAGAUGAUGGGGAAUUUUGAUGAUCAGGUACUGGUGUUUUAGUGACUUGACAUCCAGCAUAACGGAGACUAACAAUAUUGUCAAGGUAGGUUAAAUGCUGUAAAUGUAGUUACUUCUUCAAGUUCAUGAUACCAACUUACAGGUGUCAUUGAUGAUUCUUAUAUGAGAAUUGAGUCACCUUUAAUAUUUAA